CUCCCAUCCCCAUAUGGAUCGAAUUGGUGGCCGCCUGGCCGGUGUCAUAAAUAGGCGGCCAUUGCGGAGGAGAUGGGGAAGGCUGCAACCCAACCCAGGCUCGCCGCCCCUCCCUCCACCCCUUCGCCUCCGUCCGCCGACGCCAAGGGUUUCUCCCCUUGCGUCGCGGCGGAGGCAGCGUUGCCUUCGCCGCUGCCGUCGCGUCUCUAGCGCCACGCUUCCGUAGCUGCUCCCUUUUCAGACGAUGGAACAUAAGAAAACCCUGUUUAAGGGAGUGAUUGAGGAUUUCAGAGGAAGAGCAGCUUGCUACAAACAAGAUUGGCACAAUGGUUUCAGUUCCGGGUUCAGGAUUUUGGCACCUACAUUAUACAUCUUCUUUGCAUCUGCACUACCUGUUAUUGCCUUCGGGGAGCAAUUGAGUAAAGAUACAGAUGGUACACUAACAACAGUCGAGACAUUGGCAUCCACUGCUAUAUGUGGCAUCAUACAUUCUGUAAUGGGAGGACAGCCACUACUGAUUGUGGGAGUUGCAGAACCAACUAUUAUCAUGUACACGUAUAUCUACAAUUUUGCCAAAAAUCAGCCAAGCCUUGGAGAAAGAUUAUUCCUGGCCUGGGCUGGAUGGGUUUGUGUCUGGACUGCGGUCAUGUUGUUCCUCAUGGCAAUGUUUAAUGCUGCAGUUGCUUUAAAUAGAUUUACAAGGUUUGCAGGAGAAUUGUUUGGAAUGUUGAUUACAAUUCUGUUCAUGCAAGAAGCUGUCAAGGGAAUGUUAAGUGAAUUCAGCGCGCCUGAGGGUCAAGAUCACAACCUACCGAUAUACCAGUUCCACUGGGUAUAUAUUAAUGGUCUGCUUGGAAUUAUCUUUUCAAUGGGACUGCUCUAUACUGCAUUACGGAGCAGGGCUGCAAGGUCAUCGCUCUACGGCACUGGGUGGCAAAGGAGCUUAAUUGCUGACUAUGGUGUUCCAAUUAUGGUCAUACUGUGGACAGCAUUGUCAUAUUCAUUGCCCAGCAAGAUCCCUUCAGGUGUUCCUAGGAGGCUCUUCACCCCGCUUCCUUGGGAACCCAAGUCACUGCAGCACUGGACAGUAGCUAAGGAUUUAUUUUCUGUCCCUCCAGCCUACAUAUUUUUGGCUAUUGUGCCUGCUGCAAUGGUUGCAGGACUCUAUUUCUUUGAUCAUAGUGUAGCUUCACAGAUGGCUCAGCAGAAGGAGUUUAACUUAAAGAAUCCAUCAGCCUACCAUUAUGACAUUUUGGUCCUGAGCUUUUCGGUCUUGAUUUGUGGUCUUCUUGGCAUUCCUCCAUCUAAUGGAGUACUUCCCCAGUCCCCCAUGCACACUAGAAGUCUUGCAGUCCUCAGGAGGCAGGCGCUUCGAAAAAAGAUGAUCCAAACUGCCAAGGAGGGCAUGAUGAACAAUGCUAACUGUUCAGAAGUUUAUGGCAAGAUGCAAGAAGUUUUCAUUGAAAUGGAUGAUAAAAGUAAUGAGGUUUCUGUUCACAAAGAGCUCAGGGACUUGAAAGAUGCAGUUAUCCCAGAGGGGAAUGGAGCAGGGAACGUGCCUGAAGUAUUUGAUCCUGAAAAGCAUCUGGAGGCUUACUUGCCUGUCCGGGUAAAUGAGCAGAGAGUAAGCAAUCUGCUUCAGUCCCUGCUGGUCGCUGGUUGUGUUGGAGUUAUGCCAAUCAUUCAGAAGAUACCGACAUCAGUCCUUUGGGGUUACUUUGCUUAUAUGUCCAUUGACAGCCUGCCUGGCAACCAGUUCUGGGAGCGGUUCCAACUUCUGUUUGUCGCACCUCAACGGCGCUACAAGGUUCUUGAAGGCGCCCAUGCUUCCUUCUUGGAGUCUGUGCCUUUCAACAAGAUAUUUGCCUUCACCCUUUUCCAGCUAUUUUAUCUCUUGAUUGUCUGGGGGAUGACAUGGAUACCAGUGGCAGGAAUCCUCUUCCCGCUCCUGUUCUUCUUUCUCGUUCUCAUCAGGCAGCAUUUCCUCCCCAAGUUCUUUGAUUCACGCCACCUGUGGGAACUGGAUGCGUCUGAGUACGAAGAAUGUGAGGGGGUGCGCCGUGAUCCAUCAAUAUCAGAGGCUGAUAACGAAUCUAUUGCACACGGUGGUGAAGCUCCGCCUGAAUAUGCUCAUGAUAUAUUGGAGGAAUUCACGACUCACCGUGGAGAACUGAAGCACAGGGCCCCGAGUUUCCGCGACGAGCGGCUGAUACGGCUGAAUUCCGUCCAGAUGACGAGGCAGUUCUCCCGGAUCGCUUCUCUCGCUCCCGAACGGCCAUAGCUACGGAAGGAGAUGUGAAGAACAUUCUUUCAGGCACGAGGUCUCCAGACGAAGAUGGGUCCAGAGGACACACGGUGGACCAUGCGAAUAAAAAACGUUGAGAUUAUUGUUUACAGUAAGCAAUUGCUUUCAAGAUCCACUGUAACCAACUUUUGGGCGCAAAGACGCGCCGUUUGCUGCGCGGGAAUGAAAAUGGGGGAAAAAUUUGUAUG